UUGACUUGGCAUUGAAGAAAAAAAACAUUCAGUAAUGUAUGAGAUUUGACUUGGUCAUUCUUUGUUAGUUGCAGGAUCUUAUCAACAAGUAGAUGGCCGAAGAUUCUUGCUUUAUAUUAAAAAAAAGCAUCAGCGAUUGUGUAAAGACGGGGCAGUUAGAUAGUUCAGCCAAGGAUCAAUUGGACUAUGCUAGGGCGAUUGUAGAUAAUUUAUGGUAUUAUUUCGGUUGGCUGAAGAAGGAAAACUGUAAGAAUAUGGUAUCUGCGCAACUUAAGCCCUUAAUCGAUGAAGCCAAUGAUGGCUUUUGUGAGAUACAUUCUCUUUUGAAGAAUCAAGGCCUGACAAGUGAGACAGUCAAAAUGAUUUCAGAGGUGAUGAAAAUGAUCAAACCUGAGAUUAUUGCUGAGCGAUUUAUCAGUCCUUCCAAGCAAUCAACAUCAUCAUCCACCCGUAUGAUCACUAUGGAUAUGGUGAACGUCGUCACAAGUAUUUGCCAUACUGUUGAAUAUCUGACAAAGAUUACAUUUCGGGAGUUUAAACAUCUGGGAGUUCUCCUCAAGUUUACCGCAAAGCGGUGCAAUAUUGAACAUGAGAAAAUAAAGGAUCUCUUCACCCUUGCUGAGGAUAUAGCUAAAACUGCAACUUACCUAUCUAUCUUGUGUUGGGAGACGUAUGACCAGUACUCGGCACGUAUAUCAGCGCCCAAGUCUUCUAUUUGGGUAACAUAUAAUGUGUUCGCUGGUCCUGACUUCGAGUCCAAGAUUUCAAAAUUGCUAGAAAGGAUAAAUCCUAUUAGGCCUGAAUGGAGGAAGCUUUAUAUCAGUUUCCUGAAAGCAUCACAUUCGUCAGCUCCACUGAUGCAUGGUGGUCUUAAGAAUCUAUCACAUGAUCUUGAUCUUGAUCUUGCUCAGAAGUUUACUGAGUCUAUCAGAUACGAUCUGGAAAAGCUGAAAAGUCAUGAUGCCAGUUUGAAUGUUGCUUUUUCCAAUAGAUUUGAAUGGCUCCAAGAUGGACUUCUUCAUCUCUCUGAAUUUCACAAGAUAUUAGAUCGCCAGCGACAAGACUUGAGUUCAUUGCUCUCAUUUCUGGAAGUUCUGGCCAUAGAGGCAGCAAUUGCAAUCUACUGCUUGUGUGACAUAGACUUAGAGAACAAUAUUGCUGAAGUAGACCUUAUAUUUCUUCCUUUGCAAAUGAAGUUUAAGUAUCUCAAGGUAGAGAUCAGUCUGUUUCAGAAACUAAGGUUACCAGAGUCCCAGGUGGACUGCUUUCAGGAAGAAUUGACUUCCAUGAAAACGUUCCUCAUGGAUUCAUUGGACAAGUGCAAAGUGCAGACUCAGCUAACUGAUGUCUUGACCUUAGUUCUAUCUGUCACCACCGAAGCAGAGUCAUUCACUAAUUCUCUUUCUCGUGAUUCAGAGGAUGGAGCAUUAGCCAGGAAAAUUAAUCUCUUGCAUUUUCAAUUACAUCUUAAAUUUAAGUUUAUUAGGGAAGCGAUUUGUCCCUUCAUUUCUGCAUCAUCAACACCAGUUCUGCCUGUGAUAUAUCCGUUGAACUUUCUUCCUACUUAUGUUGAGGCCAUCAGUUCUUAUUUCACCAUGCUGAAAUCCUCAAAGACAUCGCCCUCCGCUGGUAGCCCGACGAUGGAUGAGGUUUUCAUGGAGUUUCAUGAAUAUAUUUUUGAAAAUCUGCUACUAAAGGUUGAAGCAGAUCUGGAACUUACUGAUACAGAUAAAGUUAAAAGGUUUUACCACAGGUUGAUGCCCUUGGUAACACUUGUUGUUGAUCCCCCAAUGCAGUACAUUGAAUGCAAGAGGCAAAAUGAUCUCUUGAGAAAAAUUGGAACUUUAGCGAUUGAGGCCGAAGCUGCUAUCCGCUUAUCGUAUGAGGAUGCUUUGGACAGAAGCAAAAGUAGGGAAGUCGGUCUUUUGCUUCAACUUUUGGCUGCGUCUUUCAUGCUAAUCAAGUGUGAGGGGAAGUUGAUGGAUCAACUAAAGCACAAAGCUAUUCUUGAAACUGAAUUUUUGGAUCUUGUGGCAAAUGCUCAUGAAGAGAUUAUUUUCCUUAGAGGCUUUCUCAUGGAUCUUCUCAGGCAACACACGACAAAGCUUGACAAAUCAGAUGAUCUCUUAAUGCAUGCUGAAGUGGCUGCCCACAAGUUUAGCACUUGUAGUUAUGAAAGUUUUGUGGAUGGAAGCAACACAGGGAAAAUAUCUGAUUUCCUACAGGAGACCGAGUUUGUCGAGGUAGAUGCAUCACAUGUAUUGCCCUUAGUUCUAUCUGUGGCCACUGAAGCACACUCAUGCAUUACUUCUCUUUCUCGUGAUUCAGAGGAAAGAGAAUUGAUGAGCAAAAUUAAUCUCUUGCACUUUCAAUUGCUUCUUAAGUUUAAGCUUAUUAAGGCAGCGAUUCGGCAGAUUUGUCCAUCCUUUUCUGCAUCAACACCAGAUCAUCAUGUGAUAUAUCCGCUGAACUUUCUUCCUACUUACUUCGAGGUCAUUGAUUCUUAUUUCACAAAGUUGAAAUCCUCCUCUGAUAGCCCGAAGAUGGAUGAGGUUUUGCUAAGGUUCCAUGAAUAUAUUUUCGAAAAUCUGCUACUAAAGGAUGAAGCUGAUCUGAAACUUACUGAUUCAGAUAAACUCAAAAGGUUUUACCACAGUUUGCUGCUCUUUGUAUCAAUCCUUGUUGAUCCCCGAAUUCAGUACACUGAAUGCAAGAAGCAAAAUAAUCUCUUGUCGGAAAUUGGAGCUUUAGCGAUUGAUGCCAAAGCUGCUAUCCGUUUAUCAUAUGAAGAUUCUUCGCAAAGCAACAGGAGUAAGAAGGUCAAUCUUUUGCUUCAACUUUUAACUGUGGCUUUCAUGCUAAUCAAGUGCAAGGGGAAGUUGACGGAUCAACUAAAGCACAAAGCCAUUCUUGAAACUGAAUUACUGAAUCUGGUGGAAAAUGCUAAUGAAGAGCUAAUUUUCCUUAUAGUCUUUCUCAUUGAUCUUCUUGGGCAACAGACGAUAGAGCUUAACAAAUCAGAUGGUCUCUUAAUGCAUGCUGAAGUGGCUGCCCACAAGUCAACAUUAAUUAGCACUUGUAGUUAUGAAAAUUUCGUGGAUGGAAGUAGCUCUGCGGAUAUGAGUCUUUCAUUAUCCGAUUUCCUAAAAGAGACCAAGUCUGUCAAUGCAGAGAUUAGAGAAGUAUGCUUUCAGUUGCUGGAUGAAUCAGCCUCCUAUAUCACUGUGACAGAUCUGAAAUGCCUUAUCAACAUGUUAUUGGACAUGCUGAACCAUCUGCAUUCUAGGGGUGACGUGAUCCCGGUCGUUAGGAAUCAAAUCCCAGUAGUUCAAGAGAAACUGGAGUUUCUUGCUGAUAUUUUAAAGCCGUGCAAUAUGCAUACAGAACUCAAAGACCUUAUGGAACGUGUUCAAAAUGUUGCCUAUGGGGAAAAGUAUGUCAUUUUCUUCUCUGUCAGUGGUGAUAGUCGUGCUUGGUUCCACCAGUUAUAUCUCUAUGAUGUCAAACAAGUGUUUAAUUUUGUUGAGGCAGAGGUCAAAACUAUUACUUCUGAAUUUCAUGAAGUGACAGGGCUCAACUUCCCCAAGACCGAUGGAUUAGGAUUUCUCAAUUGUUUCUUGGGAAAGUUGGAGGAGCUGUUACACUCUAAGCUUGACCUAAUUACCAAACUGAAGCCUCAGAUUGUAUUAGUCAAGGAGGAAUUAUUGAUUCUAAGAUCAUUUUUCGAUCAUCCGGAAGAAACCUAUGAUGAGCAUGAUGAAAUUUGUGGUCUUAUAAUCAGUGCUACUGAAAUGGCAUACAAAGCCGAGUAUGUCAUUGACACUUGCUUGGCCUGUUCUUACUCACAGAUGUACAAAGCUUAUUGGAUAUCCGAAGUUGUUGAGAAUAUUAAGCUUGUCAAUAAAGAUGUUGGUGAGAACCUCAAAAGAGAGGAGAUUGAUGUCAACCGAGUCGCAAAAGGUUCCACUAAUAUUGUACCAUCAUUAUCAGCUAAUACUUCAGGAGCAAAUGAAGAAAUGGUGGGGUUUCAAGAUGUGAUGGACAAAUUAAAGAAGCAGCUUCUUGGAGGAUCGCAUCAGCUAGAUGUUAUCUCGAUAUUUGGUAUGCCUGGAAAUGGUAAAACCACUCUUGCAAAGAAGAUUUACAAUGAUCCCACAGUUGUCUCUCACUUUGAUGUUCGUGCUAUGUGUCAUGUGACUCAAGUAUAUUCAUGGAGAGAUUUGUUGCUUACUAUUUUGAAUGAUGUUCUUGAGCCUGCUGAUCGCACCAAAAAAGGAGAUGACGAGUUAGCUACUGAGCUGCGUCGUGUUUUAUUGACCAAGAGAUUCUUAAUUCUCAUUGAUGAUGUGUGGGAUAAAACAGCAUGGGACGAUUUGAAAAUGUGUUUUCAAGGUUCUCAGAAUAGGAGUAGAAUUAUUCUGACAACGAGGCUGUAUGAGGUUGCCGAUUAUGCUAAAUGUAACAGCGAUCCCCAUCCUCUGCGUUUACUCACAGAUGAUGAGAGCUGGAAGUUACUACAGGAAGAGUUGUUUCAUGGUCAAAGCUUCCCAUGUGAACUCGGAGAUGUGGGAUUACGAAUAGCGAAAAGGUGUGGAGGGCUGCCUCUCUCAAUUGUCUUAGUAGCUGGUGUUCUCAAAGAGAAAAAGAAGAAAGCAGAUUGCUGGAAAGAAGUAGAAGAAAGUCUUAGUUCACACAACAUUGGGAGCUCAGAAGAGAGCAUGUCUAUAAUUGGAUUCAGUUACAAGAAUUUACCAAACCAUCUAAAACCGUGUUUUCUCUAUUUUGGAGGAUUUUUGAGGGGCAAGGAUAUUCCAGUCUCGAAAUUGUCACGAGUGUGGUUAGCAGAAGGAAUUGUUGAAGACAGUAAGGAAAAAGGAUCAGAAGAUGCUGCCCAAGAUUACCUGAAAGAUCUUAUUAGAAAAAAUUUGGUAACGGAUAUGGAGAAGAGAUCCAAUGGAAAAUUGAAAACCUGCCGUGUUCAUGAUUUGUUGCAUCAAUUCUGUGUGGAAAAGGCCAAGCAAGAUAAUUUCCUGUUCUGGAUACAUAGUGGCCAUGGUGUGGAUUCCAUUUCUUAUCCUGAAAAGCCCGAGAUAUACCGCUUGUCUAUAUAUUCUAAAUGGGAUGACUUUGCUCAGUGGCAGCAGGCUGGAUCAAGUGUUCGUUCUUUGCUAUUCAAUGCCAGCAGUGAUGAUUAUUACCCUGCAAUGGCACAUAAUAUCUCCUUCAUCAUUAACAGAUUCAAACUUGUUAAGGUGUUGAAUUUGGAAUCCAUCAACAUAGGUGAUACCUUUCCUAAUGAAUUAAAAUCUCUAAUUCAUAUGAGGUACUUCGCUGUUCGAACAACUGCUGAUUCUAUUCCUUCAUCCGUAGCUGAUCUUUGGAAUCUUGAAACUUUCGUGGUUAACGGAUUGCAUAGAGUGUUGAAGUUACCUUGUUCACUUCUCAAGAUGUUUAAAUUGAGGCAUGUACAUGUAAAUAGUCGUGCUUCAUUCAGUCUGCACGAUAACAUGUGUGAGUCACAAUUAGUUAAUUUGGAGACCUUUUCCACUCCAUGUCUCUCCUCUGGUGAAGAUGCAGAGAAGAUAUUGAGAAGCAUGCCAAAUUUGAGAAAGCUGAGAUGCAUAGUUGAGGGAUUAUUGGGUUAUUCAACUAAAGGAAGCAUUGUUCGUUUUCCUAGAUUAGACUUUCUACAUCAGCUUGAAUCUCUGAAGCUGCUUUCGUACAGUUAUCCAACUAAACAUCCUCACGAAUUCAAUUUCCCCUUAAAUCUGAGGGAAUUGACUUUGUCGAAUUUUCGUCUACCUUGGACCCAAAUUUGGACAGUUGGCAAACUUCCGAACUUGGAGAUUCUAAAGUUACUUUUCAGAGCCUUUGAAGGGAAUGAAUGGGAAGUGAAAGAUUCGGAUUUCCCUGAACUCAAAUACUUAAAAUUGGACAACCUCAACAUUGCAGAGUGGUCUGUCAUGGAUGAUGCUUUUCCUAAGCUUGAACAUUUAGUGUUAACGAAAUGCAAGAAGCUUGAGAAAAUCCCUUGUCAUUUUGGGGAUGUUGCAUCUCUAAACAUUGAAGUAAACUGGUGCAGCUGGUCUGUUGCCAAUUCAGCUCAGGAAUUUCAAACAACACAACAUGAAGAUAUGGCAAAUUAUGCGUUCAGAGUUACAAUACAACCUCCAGAUUGGGACACAAGAUCAUCUCAUUGACUCUUAUCCGGCUUGUAAACAGAAAGACGGAACAUGGCCUCAGCUCGGGGGAUUUUCAGCAAGAAGUGAAGUGUUUGAAUAAAUGUCAACAAUGAUUUGUAAUGACUUAGUAAGCAAAAGCUCAUUUGUUUUUUGUUUUGUUUUUUGGUAAUUUGAAACGAUUGUUAAUGGCUACCAAACAACUUACUGUUUAGAAAUUUAUGUUUCUUCAAGUGUUUGAAUAAAUUGCAGACUUGACUUAUGAUGUACUUGUAAUAACUUUAUGAGCAAGAGCUCAUGUAAUCUUUUCUGAAUCUGCUGGAAUUUUUGCAAAUUUGAAAUGACUUUUGUUUCUGC